AUGGCGAGCAGCAGUGGAGUGGGGGCAGCGGCUGCAGGCACACCGGGCGGCGGCGGCAACGGCGGCGGCAGGAGCGCGGCGUCGCUGCAGGCGGCGUGCGCGGACGUGGUGGUGGAGAUGGCCACGCACUGCGUCGCGCCCCCCCAUCACCCCGCUGCCCACUCCGCAGCCACGGCGGAGACUCAGAUAGUGCUGGCGGCCAUCUGUGACCCCCUGGCAGCGGAGCUGGCGGAGCAGCACCACCGCCACGUGCAGCACCACCACCAGCACGCAGCAGGGGCAGGCGUGGGCGGAGGGGGCGGGGCGGUGGCUGGGGGGAGCGCGGAGCAUGACGCGCUGGCGGGCGCGGCCAGGUGCCUGCUGGCGCUGGUGCAGGCGGGCAAGUGGAAGCAGGUGCCCAAGGCAUCGCAGGAGCGGACCUUCAAGGCGCUGACGGCAGCGCUGGGCGGCGUGCAGCGCCCGCUGCCGCUGCUGCACCUGGCGGCCGAGCUCUGCCACCUUGACGCCUCCCUCGCCAAGUUCUACGCCAAGACGCUGCUGCGCGCGGGCAAGGAGGUGCUGCGGGGGGCGGCCUCUGUGGACCACCGCCUCUACGCCGUGCGCCUGCUCAAGGAUGCCAUGCGCAGCUGCAGCGCGGCGGUGUUUCAGGCGGAGCUGAGGGACGUGGUGGCGCUGCUGAGGGAGGCCGCCAACCACCCCAAGCUCAAGGCAGACGCGCUGGCGGCCGGCCGGGCCAUCCAGGACAAGAAGAGUCCGGACGACCUGCGGUCGGUGCGGCGCAGGGUGUUCCAAGAGGAGACUGUGUCGAGGGAUGUGCCCCGCAGUGCCUUCUCGCCUGACCUGCUAACCUUUCACUCCGCUGGCAAUUCGUUUGAAUCGGUGCCGCAUGAGUUGAGUGAGCAGGCAGCAGCAUCGGGGGGCGCAGGGGGGAGAGGAGGCAGGGCGGGUGGGCGUGGGGAGCAGGAGAAUGCUGGGGCUGGGGGUAGCGGGCACAAGGCCAUGGGGCAGGUUGCUGCUGGCAACGGUGGUGGCAAGGGUGGGCGGGAGUGGAGCCCCACGAGUGAGAGCAGCAGGGGCAACGCGAGGAGCAGCCUGUCACCCAGCACGAGUGGCGAGGGCCGUGAGGCGCUGCGAGGAGGCAAGGCGAGGUCGCCCCACAGCCGCACCAACUCGCCCCUCUACGAGCUCGCUGCUGCCUUCGUGCGCGCCCGCAAGUCGCCCGACCUCUCCGCCAGGCUCGGCACGUUCAGCCUCACCUCCGGCAGCCCGGACCAGCUGGGGGCAUACCGCCUGGGCGGCAGCAGGAUGGCGGGGGGGGCGCUGGGGGGUGGUGGUGGCGGAGGGGGCAGAGGGAGCCCCAUGCGCAUCACUCUCUCAGGUGUGCUGUGCCCCAAUCGUGCUUGCAUUACACGCGCCAGUGCCCAGAGCGGCAGCAGCAAUGGUGGCGUGGGCAGCAGAGCAGGGGCGGGUGGCGGUGUGGGCAUGGGCAGCAGUGGGGUGUUUGUGCGGCUGAGUGGGGACACUUGUGGGGGGGCUGCACACGCGUCAACGGGCUGCGAGGCGGCAGGGGAGGGGGGGGAUGGCGACGGCAAAGGGACCGUGCUGGCAGCACAGUUGGCUGUGCAGGCAGAGAGCACGGGCGCCCAUGGGAGUGGUGCGCACAAGAGUGGGGUGAAUGCGAGCGAUGGCAAGGAGGGGGCAGUGCAGGCGUCAGCAGCGGCAGGCAGCUCCCCUGGCAGCCGUAGCAGGGCAGGCGAGCUUGGUGGCGAGGGCAGUGGGGAGGGCAGCUGCGAGUGCGAGGAGUCGUCGGGCUUCUGCCGUCUCAUCUCCGACGCUGAAGUCGCCUCCGCGCUCGCCAGCAUGCACGCCACUCACGCCCUCUCCGCCCUCAGCAGCCACCCUUCGGGCAGCAGUAAGGACGGCAGCCGCAGCAGCGGCACCACCAACGCCCACCGCACCACUCUCCCCAUGGACUCUGCGCCACCUGCGCUGCACCGCACCUCUGAGCCGCCCCCACCCUCCCCCGGCCAGCCCUCCACACCCGUGCUCUUCGCCCCACCUCCCAUUGGCCGGUGGACGCUGCAGGGUAAACCUCCCCCGCCCAUGGCCCUCUUUAUGGACGGGGGGAGUGGCGUGACGUCAGCGCGGGACAGUGUGGCAUCAGGCAGAGGCAGUGCCACGUCAGCGCGAGGCGGAGGGGAGGUGCAGCAUGUGGGUGCGUUGCAGUCGCUGUGUGGCAGUGUGCGGGCGAGCAGGCCAGGGGAGACCACCAGCAAACACCGAUAUGUGAGCACACCGUCCCACCUCUCCCUCUCCUCCCCACCUCUCCCUCUCCUCCCCACCUCUCCCUCUCCUCCCCACCUCUCCCUCUCCUCCCCACCUCUCCCUCUCCUCCCCACCUCUCCCUCUCCUCCCCACCUCUCCCUCUCCUCCCCACCUCUCCUCUCCUCCCCACCUCUCCCUCUCUCCUCCCAACCUCUCCCUCUCCUCCCAACCUCUCCCUCUCCUCCCAACCUCUCCCUCUCCUCCCCACCUCCCCCUCUCCUCCCACCUCUCCCUCUCUCCCCAACCUCUCCCUCUCCUCCCCACCUCUCCCUCUCCUCCCCACCUCUCCCUCUCCUCCCAACCUCUCCCUCUCCUCCCCACCUCUCCCUCUCCUCCCAACCUCUCCCUCUCCUUCCCACCUCUCCCUCUCCCCCCAACCUCUCCCUCUCCUCCCCACCUCUCCCUCUCCUCCCAACCUCUCCCUCUCCUCCCCACCUCUCCCUCUCCUCCCAACCUCUCCCUCUCCUCCCCAUCUCUCCCUCUCCUACCCGCUGCCCCUCCUUUCCAACUGUCCCCUUCCUCCCAACCAGUCCCUCUCAUUUCCACCUAUCCCUCAUUUCCACCAAUCUGUCUGCUUCCCAUCGUUCAAUUGUCACUCUCCUACAUGAAUCGCGCGCCUGA